CGCUGUUUUCCCUCCCAACAACAACAGCCCUUUUUUGGCUUAGUUUGCUGUGCAUAUAUAACUUCAUCCACAAUGCAACACAGCAGCAACUGUAUUUUUUCUUUCUAAGUUUCUUUUAUAUUUGUUGGGGUAGUGGGGUCUCGAUUUUCUACUUGAAGAAAAAUCCCUUCUUUAUUUCUUUUUUCUUUGCUGACCUCCGUUUCCCGCUCCUUUCUUCAAUCUCAGCCACUUUCGUUUGACUCCUUUGUUUCUUACAAACCAAACAAAAGAAAAGAAUAGUGUGUCUUUUUUUGUGUGUGUGUGUGGUUGUCUGAUUCAGACAGGCAAUGCAGAGUUAGAUAGAGAAAUAGAUAGAAGGAGGUGAUGGGGGAUUGUAGAGGGGAGAGAGAACUCAUGGAUACUCCAGAGAGAACCAACAACACCCAGAUCGCCACUUCCAUUGCCAAAUUUGAGGACUCCCCUGUCUUUAACUUUCUCAACAAUCUUUCCCCUAUCAAGCCGGUUAAACCGGUACACAUCUCUCAGACGAUAAAUCCACUUAGCUUCUCUUCCCUUCCAUCCGUGUUCAGUUCACCGCAUCUUACUUCCCUCAGGGAAUCUAGAUUUCUUCGCAGGCAUAGUCUUUCAGAUCCAUCAAAACCCGAGUUCUCCUCUGAUGAUGGGAACACAGUUGAUCCAAACAUGCAAGUCGCUAUGAACUUGGACGAACAGAAGGAAAAUCUGGAUGCAAAUUGUGAAAAUGCUGGUGAGCCAUCUUAUGGAUGCUCAAAGCUUGUAGUUGAGUUUGCAGAAACCCUAAAUUGUGAGUUGGACAUUGUGAACUCGAGCUUGAGUUGUCUUAAGGCCAAACGUGUAGCAGAGUAUGCUUGCACUUCUUCAGCAUUUGUGGAAGACCAAAGGAGCGUAAACAUGGGUGAGGCGAAUCUGGAGGAGUUAGUCAAUACCAAUGGAAACAGUUGGGACAGUUUGAUUGCUGAUGCAUCUGAUCUAUUGAUCUUUGAAUCACCAAAUGCAGAGGCUUACAACGAGCCCGUUGAUCCUGCAACGACUUUCUAUAGGAGCAUUAGAAAUGCCAUACAGAACGCGCAAUCCCUUGGUGCAGUGGUUUGUGGUGAACGAGGAAACACAGCUGAAAACAUGCCUCGUCAGCCUGAAGAAGGAACUGAGAUGAUUGAAAAUGGUGAUGCUUCAUUCUUGAAUUCCAAUCAAAAGAUGGAUUAUGAGAAUCUUUCUGGUCUAUGCCGUGGUAUGAGAAGGCGCUGUCUCGUCUUUGAGAUGGCAGGAGGUCGUAGGAAGCAUAUGGAGGACGGAUCAGCUUCUGAUUCGCCUCUUCUGCUAACAGCGUCUGAUGGCAAUGCUUCCUCUGACAAUCAAAUAGCUCUGACUAAGACAGAAAAUGAUUGCUCUCGUCUAUUGCCUGGGAUCGGCUUGCAUUUGAAUGCUCUGGCAGCAACUCCCAAGGACUUUAAAAUUGUCAACCACGAGUCUUCAGCUUCUGGCAGAUUAUUGAUCGGACCGAGCUCAUCUGCCAAUUUGCCUCCUCCAACUACUAGCCAAGACUUGUUAAGCGACUACUCGUUAGAACGAGAAAUUGAUACCUUCGAAAGUGGUGGUCUUCUCGUGGAAGAUCAUAGCCGGGAAUCUGGAUAUAUCGCGAAUGAAGAUAUCAAUCCGAGUAGUCCAAAGAAAAGGAGGCGUAGGUCGGAGCAAGUUGGAGACGGCGAAUCUUGUAAGCGAUGCAAUUGCAAAAAAUCAAAAUGUUUGAAACUUUACUGUGAGUGCUUCGCUGCUGGUGUCUACUGUGUGGAGCCGUGUGCUUGUAUAGACUGUUUCAACAAGCCCGUGCACGAAGACACUGUUCUUGCCACGCGCAAGCAGAUUGAGUCUAGAAAUCCUCUUGCAUUUGCUCCCAAAGUGAUCAGGACCUCCGAUUCUCUAUCAGAGAUAGUGGAUGACUUCACCAACACUCCUGCUUCUGCUCGCCAUAAAAGAGGAUGCAACUGCAAAAAAUCCGGCUGCCUCAAGAAAUACUGUGAAUGCUAUCAAGGAGGUGUUGGAUGCUCGAUAAACUGCAGAUGCGAAGGUUGUAAAAAUGCAUUUGGCAGAAAAGAUGGUUCAAGUGCAUCAGCGUCGGAGCAUGAGCACGAAGAAGAUGAAAACGGCACUACUGAGAAGGCUACACUCGACAGAAGAAGCAUCUAUAAGGCUGCAAUCCGCGAUGAUCUUGAUCAAUGCAUGGAUACCGUGCCCCCUGCAACACCUCUAGGAGGUGGGAGGCAGCAGCAGCCAUUUCAAUCAUUCUCAAAGAAGAGGCCACCUAGAGCCUCUUUUCCUCCCAUCUGCUCAUAUUCUGGCUUUGGAAAAUCGAGUUUAGUAUUUCCACAACCGCCUAAAUUGAGGACUUGCUUUGAGGAGGAAGAGGAGAUGCCACAUUUUCUGGUAGGAGGAGCAGGGUCGCCUAUCAAGUCGUCCUCGCCUAACAGGAAAAGAGUUUCUCCGCCUCAGACGUCGUCUGGUCUGAGGAGCAGCCGGAAGUUGGUGCUUCAGUCCAUCCCAUCAUUCCCAUCCCUCACACCGAACCAGUGAGACGAGCUCUCUUCGUCUGAUGGAAGCUUCUUGUUUAUGUGCAUUGGUAGUUAUGUUUGGUCUCAGUUUUGUUUUGGCCUUUCUGCUUUGCUUAAUAAUGGCAGCAGUUUGUUGCUGUUCUCACUUUUCCUGAAUAAAAUGCUCUCUCUGUCUCUUUGUGACUGUUAAUUUCUUGAUUCUUUUAUUGUUUGAGGAAAUGUGUUUUUUUUUGCCAAAGUUAUGUACAUGAUUAUCUUUACACUUGAGUGGUACUUUCUUGACAUCAA